ACAAGUCCUCCUAUAUACUGUGUCCGUGUGAAACCCCAGCUCUUCAUCUCUAGCAGCUUCACCAAUUUACAUUCAUUUCUCAAUCUUAACCUUCCCUCUGUUACUCUGUAUCAUCCUUCUUUCAACAAAGACUGUACAUAUAUAUAUUACAUUAUUUUGUAGACGCAUGAAGGGGAUGGUGGAGUAGAGACAGAACGGGGGCUGGAGGGGAGAGAGGAGAUCAGUUAAAGAAAGAGAGGGGCAAGAGAUUUAAUUCUAGGGUUAGAGUUUGGGAAACGAGAAGGCAGAGUCCAAACCUCCAUAACCCGCUACCUCCUACUCUUCUCCGCCACCACCACUUCUUCAAUGGAAUUGAUUUUCCGAAACCCCCAAAAUGAAACCUUAUUCAAUCCUCACCACCACCAUUCUAUUCUCUGCUCUUCCUCCCCACUAGAAAACCGGACCUCGCCGUCGAAAGUAUGGCCCUACUGGCCUUCCUCUCCGCCGUGGGCGACCAAAUUUAUUCAAAAGGCUAGAAUUUACAAGCUGGACAAGAACAAGAAUAACUGGGAAACUGGAGUCUCUGUGUUCUUCAUAUCUCUAAGCGUUCAUCAUAUAGGUUUGGUAAUGGAAAUUGGUGUGAACUCAUUAAAUGGACUCUUACAUCUACAAUCACUUUCCUUGAUAAUUCAUUUUUGGGUUUUUCCCACUUUCCAACCAGUUUCGGGGAAAUUGCAGUUGUGAUGGUGACUAACCGCGUGGGAGCCAAAAAAAAAAAAAAGUGAUUUCUGGGAAGUCUUCUCUCCUAUAUUCAUUUUCAUUCUUGGAACAUUACAAUAUUCAUAGCAAUUCAAGUUCCAAAUUCUUUAAAAAAUCUUUUUUUGUGGAAUUCUACUCAUUUUUGGGUUUUUCCUACUUUCCAACCAGUUUCGGGGAAAUUGUGAUGGUGACUAACGGCGUGGGACCCAACUAAAAAAAGUGAUUUCUGGGAAGUCUUCUCAGUCUUCUCUCCUAUAUUCAUUUUCAUUCUAAUAUUCAUAGCAAUUCAAGUUCCAAAUUCUUGACAAAAUAUUCUUGUGUGGAAUUCUACUCUUGAUCAGAUGGUUUUUAAAUUCUUAAAAUUCCGAAGAAGUAACAAACCAACGAGAGAAAAUGUUCUCUCAACUGCCCUGGAGUUAAUCUUGCGCUCUGGUUCCACUGUAUCAUUGGAAAAUGAAGAAGGAAUGAUCUUCAAUGGCGACCGUUCAAAAACUAUCCAGUAUUUGCAAGCUUUGGACGAGAUUUUACUGUGGACAGAGUCGAUAACAAGCUCAGAUGUUCAGAUUUUACGGAGGACAGAGUCGAGAACAAGCUCAGAUGUUCAGAUCAAAGUGAACGAAGCAAUCCAAAUUGCAAUGGCUCGGCUUGAGAAAGAGUUUGGGAUCAUCUUGUUCAGCCUCACCAGUUCAAUGGAUGCCGAAUCAAGUAAGUCUUCGAAAUCUUCAAGCUCCAUAACUGGUGGUUCUAGUAGUAGCUUCAGUAGUACUAGUAGUAGCUUUGGCUUCUAUGAUUAUAAGAAGUCCAAUCUAACGAUUAAGAAUGAUCUCCGGAGUAUUGCUGAGAGAAUGAACUCUGCUGGACAUCUUCUCAAAUGCACUAAGAUGUACAUGAGUGUAAGAGAGCCUAUCCUGGAGGCGAGUCUUCAAGGACUAGGCAUCCAGAAUUUAAGUAUCAAUGCCAUUCGUAGGUUGGAGUGGGAAGAGUUGGAGGAGAAGAUCAGACAGUGGAUGCAAGCUUAUAAGAUUUAUGUCAAGGUUCUCUUUGCAGGAGAGAGGAGACUCUACGAGCGUAUCUUUGGAGGUCUCGGAACUGCCUCAGAUGAUAACUGUUUUGGUGAAAUGCUUAAAGACCGUACAACUCAAUUAUCCAAAAUGGGGGAAGCCAUAAGCUCCUGCCUAAGCAGUCAAUCAUGGAGUCCAGAGAAGUUGUUCAAAAUUUUAGACCUCCACAAAGCAUUGUCAACAAGUUUGCCUGCUCUUGAUGUUGUUUUUCAGUUCAAAUCAUUAGAAUGUAUUAAGAUUCAGGCAGCUGCGAUAUUGCACCAGCUUGUGGAGGCAGCAAGAAGUACUCUAAUGGAAUUUGAGAUUAGUGUGCUUCAUGAGCAGUCAAAUUUUCAGGAUCAAAGGGGUAGUAUUGACACCUUCACGGCAUCUGUUAUGGAUUAUAUUACUCAGAUCUCUUCCUAUAUGGAAAGGCUAACUAAAUUGAUUGUAUCAAAGCCGCCAAAGCUGGAAGAGAAGAGAAACUCCAGUGAUCUGACAAUUUUGGGGCGAACUCUGUUGGAGAUCCAUUUGAUUUGGAUUAUUGAAGUCUUACAAUUCAAAUUGGAUGGUAAGUCCAAGUGCUAUGAGGAUGACUCUUUGGCUCAAUUGUUCAUGAUGAAUAAUGUUCAUUACAUUGUUCAGAAAAUCGAACGGGAACCAAAAUUGCGACAGAUGAUUGGGGGCAAUUACCUGGAGAAAGGCAAUUACCUGGAGAAACUAACGGAAAAUUUUCACGUACUGAUGAUUGACUAUAUGAGAUCAACAUGGGUGAGGAUCAUUGAUUGCCUGAGAGAUGAAGAACUAAAUGUGAAUGGGAGUCUUUCUUCUGAGGCGUUAGACAGUGGACUGAAGGAGAGGUUAAAGACCUUCAGCUCUAUGUUUGAAGAGGUUUUUCAUACUCAAGCACCAUGGGUGGUACCGAGCUUGCACCUCCGUCAGAAGCUAUGUGGUUCCAUAUCAGAGAAGCUUAUUCCAGCCUACAGCUCCUUUCUUGAGAGGUUCAAGAGUCAAAUAGGGAGGGAAAAUCACCAAGAGAAAUGCAUUAACUACUCGGUUGAGGGCCUAAAGACUGCGAUCUCAAAUCUCUUUGCGGGCAAUGUGGAGCCACUGGUGAUAGAGCCACCAGAAAAUGUCGUCUCGGCAUCUGAACCAGCCAUGGAGUUCGUCCUGCACUGCAGUUCAACUACAUUAGAAGAGACGAUAAAAGGAAUAAAUUUCAGUAGUGACCGCCCAAAAAUUGACAAUCAUCUGCAAACCAUGCACAAGAUUCAACAAUGGACAGAGUCAGCAAUGAGCUCAGACAAUCAGAGCAAAGCCAACAGUGCAAUCCAGAUCGUAGGUCCACUAGAGAAUGAGUUUCGGAUCAUCCUGUUCAACCUCACCACUCCAAUUGGUACCAAUUCAAGUAAGUCUUCAACGGGUUCAAGUUCCAUAACCGGUAGUACUACUAGCUAUGAGAAUUUUGAUUGUACAAAGAUAAAUGUGAAUAAAAAGGAUGAUCUCCGUAGUAUUGCUGAGCAGAUGAACUCUGCUGGACAUGUUGGGAAGUGCAUUGAGUUGUACAAGAGUGUAAGGAAGACCUUUUUGGACACAAGUCUUCAUAGACUCGGCGUCCAGAAAGUAAGUAUUAAUGACAUCCGUAGUUUGGAGUGGGAAGUGUUGGAGGUGAAGAUCAUACAAUGGAUACAAGCUGCUAAGAUUUGUGUUAGAAUUUUCUUUGCAAGUGAGAAGAAACUAUGUGAGGAAAUUUUUGGAGGUCUUGGAACUGCCAUAGAUGAUGCCUGUUAUGCAGAAACGGUUAAAGAUCCUGCAAGUAAGUUAUUUGACUAUGGAAAAGUGCUAUGUGCCUGCAUAAGACAUAGAUCACGGCCAGAGAAGCUGUUCAAAAUUUUACGCCUCCAUAAGGAGUUGUCAGUUCUUUUGCCCGAACUUGAUGCCAUUUUCCCAGUACAAUCUUUAGAAUCUGUACGGAAUCAUGCUGUAGAGAUGCUUCCGUGGCUUGCUGAGGCGUCAAGAGCGAUUCUACUGGAAUUUGAAAAUAAUUUGCUUCAUGAACAAUCGAAUUUUCUGGAUUACAAUGGCACAAUUCACUCCUUGACAAUGUACGUUGUGAAAUAUAUUUCUCAGAUAUGUAGCUACAGGGAAAUUCUGACUAAAUUGAUCCUAUCAAGUCCGUCAAAGCAGGAAGAUGAGACAUCUUCCAGCAAUCUUACUGUUCCAGGUAUAUAUUUAGCUGGAGUUGAGGGGCAAACACCUCUCUCGAUCCAUUUGAUUUGGAUCAUUGAUAUUUUACAGUUCAAAUUGGUUGGUAAGUCCAAGUGCUACAAAGAUGCAUCUUUGGCUCAAUUAUUCAUGAUGAACAAUGUUCACUAUAUUGUUCAAAAGAAUGAAGAGGACCCGGAGUUGCAAGAGAUGAUUGGAGAUGAUUACUUGGAGAAGUUAAUGGGUAAUUUUUGGCUGGCAGUAAUUGGCUAUCAGAGAUCAACUUGGGACAGGAUCUUUCAAUGCUUAAGAGAUGAAGGACUAUUUUCUUCUGGGGUAUCGAAGAGUGGGCUGAAAGAGAGGUUGAAGACCUUCAAUACUAUGUUUGAAGAGGUCCAUCAGACUCAAGCAACAUGGUUGGUACCAGACUUCCGUCUUCGAGAACGGCUUCUCUUAUCCAUAUCAGAUAAUUUGCUUCCGGCUUAUAUGUCCUUUCUCGAGCUCUUCAAGAGACAUAUAGGAAUUGAAGAUCACCGAGAGAAAUAUAUUAAGUACUCGGUUGAGGACCUUGAAGCUGCGAUCUUGAAUUUCCUUUUGGGACACCCGACACACCAGCACCAGAGGAUAUAUUAGUGAACGAGGGGAAGAAUGACACCAGAAAGAAAGGAACUGCGGGCAAUUUUCGGAGACUUUUCUGUUGUUACAAGACGUCGAUGAAGACUUCAUUAGAUUCAGACUUUCAAGUUUGAGGGGGGUUGCUGAUAAUUUAGUUAACAAGUCCAUACAGCACGCUUGAAGCUUCCCGACGGCAUUUUCAACAGAUUUCCGUAAUUCGUGCAUCUUAGGUUUGUUUUGGUUCUUUGUGAGCCUGGAACCUCUUCAUAAUACUUUGCUUUGGUGUGCUGGCUUUCUGGUUUGUGAUGGCUCUGAGCCACUGCUUUUGUAAAAGUUUGCAAGUCUCGUCUCCCUUGAUUAUGUUUGGCUGUUUACCAUAAGGGAAGAACUGGUUCUUGUCGGAGUUCCUUGCAUUUCACUUGGCAAGAUUUUCAGAUUUCUCGUUUGGUGGUGCUUUGGUUUAAUGUGGAGAUUCAGGGGUGUUCUUGUGUCCUUGCUUUGUAAUUUAACCUUUCUUGUCUUAAUUAGAUUUUGUUGAGAAUGCUUUGAUUUCACACACUUGUAAUAUGGAGGUAUGCCGCCUUGACCUUGUACUGGUUGUUGAUCAAUAUUAUUCCCGUUCUUGCUUACCAUAUUACUUCAA